AUGCUGUAAGAAAGCUUGGCUCCGGCCCAGGUGUCCUCAGGUGACUACUCACUCACCAUAAUUGGAUGACGUCAUCUCUUACAGGAAACACAUCAAUGAAGACUGUGAGACACUUGAACAGCUGCUGCCCAUCAUCCACAGAAGCCCUGUGAACAUGGUCACAGUGAUGGAGAAAACAGUGGCUCUCUUGGAGACUGUCCAGAGAGGAGUCCCAGCCAAAGACCUGGAUACACAGGUACAACCACGAAAUAGACCAAAUCUGACAAUCAAGCAGGCUACAACACCAUGA